AUGAUUCUCGUCCUGGGCCCAGAAGCCAUCUCUGAGCUGUGUCUCCAACAAUCUGCCAGCUUUUCGCACUCAAAAACUGUCGAGCUUCUCGCACAAGCCGGGUUAGGAUACAGCGGGUUGCUUGCCGCAAGAGGACAAACACACAAACGCCUCCGCAAACUCUUUUCACAGGUGUUCACCCCCAGGACGUUGGCCAAGAUAGCCAACCCCUUGUGGGAGAACUGCCUGGCAAUGAUUCGAGACAUUGACCAACAUACAGCGUCCGUACAGAUUGGCCAAUGGACAUCACAUACCGUUCUAGAACUCUCGGGCAUUUGCGUAUUUGGUCAGGACCGCGAAUGGUUGGCCCGGUACCCAGAUCUUCUCGGAAGCUUGGAGCGCCGAGUGGCAACCGGACACAUCAAGAAGAUGGUCCUUUCCAUCUUCCCUAGGCCCAUUCGUUCUCUUGUGAUGUUGACCCUUUUCGGUCGCAAAGAGUUAUCCGAUCUGAGGUAUCUGGAACAUGUCGCGCGUGACUUGGUUCAGAUCGAAAAGCGAAAGUUCACGAAGUCUAUUAAGCCCGGUUGCCCCCCCAACCUCAUUUCCGUUAUGUUGGAAGAUGGGAACCUUUCCGAGGAGCAAAUCCUAGGCCACAUCCUCAUUUUCCUCGUCGGGGCCUCGGAGACCACCUCCGCGACGUUCCAGUGGAUGAUCCUCGAGCUUUGCAGACACCCAGCGGUUCAGGCGCAGCUCCGAGACGAACUUCAAUUGCGCUGGUCGUCACUAUCCAAAAAUGACAGCGAUAAGUCCCUCUUUUCGCAAAUCGAAAGCUUCCCGUAUCUUCGGGCGGUCGUCGAUGAAUUGCUCCGUCUGCAUCCAGCGGUCGUGUUGACGGAGCAUGAGGCGACUCAUGACACCACGAUUAUGGGUUUUCCGAUUCCCAAGGGAACGUUGUUAUUAUGUCCUCCUCUGGCAGCAAAUUUAAACCCUCAAGUCUGGGGGAAGGACGCCGCAGCCUUCAACCCUGAUCGUUGGCUGGUUAGGGGGCCGGCAAGCCAGAAGGCAAUCAGUCAGCAUCCUUGUGCAAAUAUGACAUUCUCCAAUGGUCCACGGAGCUGUCCCGGUCGGUCUAUUGCGAGAUUGAUGCUGACUUGUUUAACGGCCGCAUUUAUCAGUCACUAUCAAGUUUCACUGAAGGAUCCAGAGCAAUCUUUUGCGCCAACCGAAGCAGUGUAUGCGAAACCAGUGCCUGAAUUGACAGUUCAAUUGGUCAAAGUGGCCUAA